AUGCGCACCCCGGCCGCGACAUGCCUAUAUGUACUUGGACCGCGUCGAUACUCGCAGGCGUACCCGCAGCGGCCCUCGGCGACACGUGCAGCGGGUGCAUCGGACGGCGCUCCCAAUAAAGCGCCGCACAUGCAAGAAGCGAAGCAACUCUUUCCAAAAGGGCCGUCUUGGCUGCCAUCGCACUCGCGACGGGCUCGUGGGCCUGGCUCGCUCGCGCAGGGUUGUCAGUAUGCAAAACGCGCCAUUGCGGCACCCAUCUGGAGCACCUGUGCCUGUGCCUGCACCUCGUCGCCGCCGCCAGUCGCCGCCCUUGACCAUCACCACGCCCCAACCACCAUGGCCAUGCCCAUCGCCAUCGCCAUCGCCCAUCGCCCCCCGCCCCCAGACAUGCCCGGCUGCGGCCCUCGCCUCGCCACACACGCUCACCCACACGUCCACGCCCACGCCCACGCCCACGGCCGCUCCCUCGUGCCCGUAGCCUCUCAGCCUCACUGGGCCAGGUCCCCCGUCAGCAUUUUGUGCAUUGCGCAAGCCCGCCAGCCAUUGGGCGUGGUGCGCGCGUCCUUUGCGAGCCCCUCGUCGUUAUCUCACGCCCAGACGGGAGUGUGUGGGCUGCCCGUGCCUGUCGCACCAUGCUCCAUCUCAUCGUCAGUGACCAGUCCGAGGCCCCUGAGCCGACCGCGGACAUGGUGGCGUCUCUCGCUUCCUGCACCACAUGCCUAGCCCUGUGCUGGUACAAGUAAACUCUGAGCCAUGCAAUCCUUGCCUGUUCCACUCGCAGCCCGGGCUGCUCCCCCAAAAGUCUCUGGAGCCACGAGACAUAGCUAGCCUCGCUGCCUCGCGCAUCCUGCCCGUCGUCCUCACUUCUUCCUUUCCUGUCGUCGUUGCCUCAGUGCCUUUUCCAGCGAGCUCGAAGCUCCUUCGGUGACGCAGCCCCAGCCCCAGCCCCUGGCCCGCCACCCUCUCUCUUCAAACCUCGUCCG